GGGGGUUUCUCGGUUUCUCCGGUCGCACGCGCCGGGUUUUUUCAGCGGAAGGAGACGCGAGCGGACGCACGAGGCAGCCGGAGUGGAUUUUACCGGGAAACGCGCGUGUUGGGAGCGAACCGGACCGAGAGGCGCGCGGAGCUCCGGUGUCGUCCCUGAAGCGGCAGAAGUGACCGAGCACCGGAAAGUUGGAGUACCGGAGUGGAUGUGACAGACCCACCGGGACGCUGUGGCUCCGUCCGCCGCCCGUGGAGCGACUCCCGCGGACACACCGAGGACGCAGCGCCGCCUCCCCGGAACAUGCGGUCCGAACCGGGCAGCGCGCUGUGAGUCCGGAGCGGCUCCCCGGUCAACCGAACCGCCUCCGGGACUCCAGCAUGUCGGUGGACCGAACCGGGGACAGAGAGUGAGACACCGAGAGACCGAGAGGAGCGGACCGGAGCGGGCAGCGCGUGACACCGACCCCCGUUAACCGUCAUGACCUGUGGGAUUAUUACAGCUGCGCGCGACGCGAUGCUGAUUAACAUCAUCUGUGUGCUGUUCGUGUUGGAUGUGAGCGUGUGCGACUCGGAGCUCGGACCUCCCGGCUGGAGGGAACCUCUGGACUGCGUCAGAGCCUCAGAACUCUGCAACCAGAACAGCCAGUGCAGCUCCCGCUACCGGAUCAUGCGCCAAUGUCUGUCGGGAGGCGACAAGGAGCGCAGCGCCAUGCUGGCCUCCAGGGAGUGCCAGGGGGCGCUAGAGGUGCUGCAGGACUCACCGCUGUACGACUGCCGCUGCAAGAGGAACAUGAAGAAGGAGCUGCAGUGUCUCCAGAACUACUGGAGCAUCCACAUGGGCCUGACCGAGGGGGAAGAGUUCUACGAGACGUCUCCGUACGAACCCAUCCAUUUCUCCGAGGAGUUCAGGCACGCCUCCAUCAUCUCAGACUCGUCCUUGUCUAAGAUGAGCCCCUGCUCUGAGACUGGGAAACCCUGUAACCCGUGUCUGGACGCGGCCAAGGCGUGUAACCUGAAUGAGACGUGUAAACGCCUCCGGUCCGCCUACAACUCCAUCUGCAGCAAGGCCACGCCCCCGCAGCCCGCCUCGGCCAAUCAGGAGCCCUGCAGCAGGAAGAGGUGUCAGAAGGCUCUCCGUCAGUUCUUUGAGCGGGUCUCCUGGGAGCUCAGCUAUCCUCUGCUCUUCUGUUCCUGUCCGGACCAGGCCUGUGCAGAACGUCGCCGUCGGACCAUCGUUCCGUCCUGCAGUCAUCAGGAACGCCACAAACCGUCCUGCCUGGAGCUGAGGCACACCUGUCGCUCUGACGCCCUCUGCAGGUCCCGGCUGGCUGACUUCCACAUGAACUGUCAGAUGACUCCUCACUCCGUCACCAGCUGUCCUCAUGAUAACUUCCACGGCUGCCUCAUGUCCUACGUCGGCCUCAUCGGCUCUGAUGUGACGCCCAACUACAGCGACAGCAGCCCGUCCAACAUCUCCAUCGGGCUGUGGUGCAGCUGCAGGGGAACCGGAGCGCAGGAGGCCGAAUGUGACGCCUUCCACCAAGACUUCACCCACAACACCUGCCUCAAAAACGCCAUCCAGUCAUUCGGUUACGGUUCAGAAGGAGGAACUCUGCCGGUGACCGAACCUUCAUCCACCUUCCUGCCUCCCGCCCAGCCGCCAAUUAUAUCCAAGCCUGCCCCCUCUCUCCAUGGAAACGCCAUCAAGCCCCUGGACAGCGCCUGCAUGUUCUCCACCUGCGCCAAUCUGCAGGAUGGAGGUCAGAAGUGCGUCUCCUCUGAUGACUUCGAGUGUGAGGAGGCUCUGCUGGUUCAGGGUUCCAUCGACUCUCAGGACUCUUCAGGUCCGACCAGCGGUUCGUCUUCAGUCCUCGACGUCGUCUCCAUGACUCUGUGUGUGGUUCUCCUCUCCGUCUCAUUAAUGUGACCGCACACACACACAUGAACACACAAACACACACAUAAACACACACACAUAAAUACACAUAAACACACUGUUAAAUGUCAACCAACACCGACAUCGACGUGUUUCUGAGGGAGAAUCUGAGGGAGGAUCAUCUGCAGAGGAAGAAGAUGGGCAGACAUAAACACACACAAACACACAUAAACACACACACACACUCCUGGGACUGUGGAUCACGUUGACUUCGUGUCUUCGGGCCUUUGGGAGCGUUUUGUGCAGCUCGGCUCGGACUCGCUGCCUCCAGCCUUUCUGGACCAGAGACAGCUGGGCGGGAAAACGCUUUGGCUGGAAACCACACAAAACACACACAACACACACACAGACACAAACAGACACACACACGGUGGGACAACAAGUCUUAAAGUUGGCAGCGAGUGGACGGGGCUGGACAGAUGGGACGGAUCCUUCAGCUCCAUCCAUCACUUCCUGGACCUCUGGUGGCAAGAAAUCUAUACAACAGGCACACACACAGACACACACAGACACACAACAGACACACACACUUCCCCUCAGACCUCGUUAACGGGCGAACAGGGUCCCCGCACGGACGCCAACCCUCCUGCCAGGUCUUCAUCCUCGUGUCGUCAUCCUGUACAAACUCCAUUCGAUGUGGAAACGUCCGAGUCUCCUGGACGGCUGUAUAGUUCACAUGUGUAGCGUGUAGUUGUGUGUCUGUGUGUGCACGAGUGUCUGGAUGUGAGUCUGUGGACGGAAUCGGCCGAGCAGCAAACUGAGGUCCAACAGUUUCACAGUUUGUGGUUUGAGUUUGAGUCUUUAGCAGUUUGAUGAACGGGACUUUCGAGUUUAAAAUCUGUGGUUUGGGUCAUUUUCAGAGCAGACGUCUAAAUAUUUGAUGGAUUUUAGGUUCCGAAAUGUAAGAAUUUGGCAUUUUUUCCCAUUUUGCGUUCUGGUUUGUUGGAUAUUUCUGGAUGUUGGACGUUUAUUUGGACUAAACUGAGUCUUCUGUGUCACUUUAGUCUCCAAGAAACUGAUUCAUAACCUCAAAAAAAACAAAAAUGGAAACAAAUGUGUUAUUCUUCACUUUCUGUGUGGGACAUGAGGCUGUUACCAGAUAGAUCUGCAACGAUUAAUCAAUUAAGCACCAACCUUUAAAAUAAACUGGAAAUUCUCAGAUUUCAGCAUUAUAUUUUUUGGUUUCUUUCCCAGUAAACUCAAGAAAUUGCCAGUAAAAGAUGCAAAAUUAUGACAAAGACACACAAAAUUGCUACAAAAACAAACACCAAAAAGAUGAGACAACAACAUAAAAACACAAAAUUGCCACAAAUAGGCAUGAAGCAACCACAAGCAGAUGCAAAAUCACCACAAAAACACACAAAAUUACCACAAAAAUACCUAAGAUCACCACAGAAAGAUGUGAAGUAACCACAAAAAGCUGCAAAAUUGGCAGUAAAAGAUGCAAACUAAUAACAAAAAUACCCCAAAUUACUACAUAAAUAGGAAAAGUGACCACAAAAAGACAAGGAACCAUCAAAAAAAUGAAACUACCACAGACAAAGACAAAAUUGCCACAAAAAGAUGCAAAUUAACCAAAACAGAUGUAGAAUUACUAUAGAAAGACACAAAUCGCCAAAUAUAGAUGCAAAUUCCCAACAAAAUCAUGCUAAAUCCCAACGAAAACACAACAUCCCCACAAAAAGAAGCAAAUCACGACAAGAAGUUGUAAAACCACCAUAUAACGAUGCCAAACGCCCUCCUUGUUGAUGGAGUUUUGUUUCAAACUAACAGAGAUCCAGUUGUUCAAUCCACAACUUAACUGCAUUACUCUUAUAAUAAACUCUGCUACUGGUUCAGUUCUUUAAAAUCUGGUCUCUGAUGGAGUUCAGAUCUGGACCGAAGCACCUCGAACAGACUUCUGAUUCUUAGAAGCUGAACUUAAGCAUCAAAUCUAGAAGUUCCAGCCUUUAAGGAGCAUAAAUGACACAUUAAACAGAAAGUUCUGCAGCUUCUCUUUGACUGUUUGACAUGAAAACUCAUAAAACAGCUUCAGGGCCGAACGACGGAGAGAAAACAAGACAAAACUGGGUUAGAGACACUCAGCGGGGACUCGACUUUCACAGAGAUUCAUGGAAGCAGCAACAAAGUACAGAAUCAGAACAUUAACAGACCACCGUUAACCGGAAGAACGCUGCUGCUCACUGUUAGCAUCAAAAAUCACAAAAAAACACGCAGAGUUUCCACAAUAGGCAAAAUUACCACAAAAACAGAAGAAAUCCCCAAAAAAGACUAAACUACCACAUAAAAAGACAAAAUCACCACAUAAAGAUGUAGAAUUACUAUAGAAAGACAUAAAUCACCAGCUAAAGAUGUAAAAUAACACACAAAAUUACCACAAAAACACAAUUUAUCGCCAAAGAAGACACAACCACUACAUAGAAAGACAAAAUUACCACAAAAAGGCACAAAAUCGACAUAGAAAGACGUGAAAUAACCACAAAAACAUGUAAACACAAACACAAAAAUAAGCAAAAUUAUGGCAAAAAGAGAAGAAAACAUCAAAAACUACCACAUCACAAAAAAUGCCACAAAAACUCAUGAAACGACAAGAAGAUGUAGAAUAACAACAAAAACACACAAAAUCACCAAGACGUGAUCACAGACGUGAAAUAACCACAAAAAGUUGCAAAUUGCCAGUAAAAGAUGCAAAAUUACCACAAACAGACAAGGAAUCACCAAAAAAAUGAAACUACCAAAUAAAACGAUAAAAUUUCAACAAAAAGACACAAAACAACCACAAACAGAUACAAAAAAACACAAAAUCUCCAUAGAAAAAUCCAUCCUUGUUUAAGGAGAUGCUUCCUGUUGAUGGUUUUCUUGGUUCUUUGACGUUUUCUGUCUAGUUAAAGAGAGUAAGUAGUUUAGGAACAGACAGGAAGUAGUUUUUUUGAUUGUUGUACACGACAGAUGUUUAAAUCCGAUCUUUUGUUUCUUUGUUUGCUUGAAUUCAAACCAGUUAAAUUCAGAUUCUGAACGUUUCUCAGUUUCCUGUUCGGCUGUUAUUAAAUGAUUUUUAAUUUCGCUUCCGUAAACGUGUUCAAUCCGUGUGUGUGUGUGUGCGUGUGUGUGCGCGUGCGUGUGUGUGUGUGUGUGUGUUUGUCAGUGUGUACUUUACCUCUGGACACUCUGUGGGGUAUUUUUUAUUUUCCUAGAAGCUGGAUGAGGAACAUCAUAUCUGACAGAUCAGAGUUCCUGGUGUUCUUCUUUCUGACGCAUUCGAGAGGAAGGUUAGCGCCCCGCAAGCAGCUAAAACAAAUGCUAAAACUAGCCACAUCAAGCUAGCUCUGGUUAUUCAUGAUCCCCAGAGGAUGAAUCCUGGUUUUAUUGAUCCACAGGUUCUUAAAAGGCAACAGUAUCAAAGAAAAGUUACACACUUUCAUAGCAAGAAAUCCUAAAAUCAUUCAACUCAUGGUCCCCAGAGGAGGAACCCAACUGUUCAUGGUGACCCUAGUCUUCCUAUAAACAAGCUGAAAGCUAAAAUUUUAUUUCAGAAAUGCGAAUUAAACAUUUUAUUUUGAGCAGCAUUUUCAUGGUUAGAUAUCUUCAGUGAUAUGUUGUGGAUAUUCAUGAUCCCCAGCGGAUCUUUCAGCUGUUAAUGGUGACUCCAAUCUUUUCCCAGAGCCUAAUCAAGCUCAUGCAGUUAGCUAAUGCAAAAUAAGUAAAACAGUGCAGGUUUGUUUUUGUUCUUUAGCAAUCGAUAAAUCUCAGAAUCUGUCAGAAGUAAACAACCUCAAUCUCAUUCAGACUCCCCAGAGGAUGAAGCAUUUCCAUUUGGUCAAACUAUCACAUUUUGUCUUGAAAUAUCAGGAAUAAUACUGAAUUGUGUACAAAAGACCAAUUAAUCUACCGGCAGGAUUUUUAUCAUGUUUACUCUAAGUUAUUCAUGCUCCCCAGAGGUUGACCUCUAACAGGGUUGCUAAUCACUUAACUGUUUAAUUCAAGUUACCAACAGGGAAAUAUUUGAUUCAAAGCGACAUUUUUAAUAGUGAUGCAUCUUAUUAUCUAAAUAUUGUGGCUAUUCAUGGUCCCCAGAGGAGGAACCCAGCUUCUAAUGGUGACCCUGAUGGUCCUCUGGUCUUAUAAUCCUGCUCAAACUCCCCAGAAGAUUACACCAUCAGGAUCAAAUUUGACUUUUUUUUUUUUUUUUUUACCAGUGACAGAAAAAUCUACUAACAAGAUUUAUUUAAGUGAAUCAUGAUCCCCAGAGGAUGAUCCCGAACAGGUUUCCUGAUCCCCCGACCGGUUUAUUGGAACCAUCAACAGUAAAAUGUUUGAUUUUAAGCCACAUUUUAACAGUGAUACAUUUUGAUAUGGGCAAUAUUCAUGAUUCCCAGAGGAGGAAAACAAAUGAUCUGCUAGACCCAUAAUUAAGCUCAAAUUAAAUUUUGUUCUCCAAUAUUAAAAUAAAUAAAGGCGAUUGACUGUAGCAUUCCAAAGAUACUCAAAUCUAACCGCUACAUUUCAAUAAAUAAUACCAGUUUCAUUCAUACUCCGCAGUGGAUAAGCCUUUCCAUCACUUCUCCUGUUGCAUUAUCAGGGAAAAAAAAGACAGAAAAUCUACAAAAAUCUGUAAAUUGUGGAUAAUCUUUCAUUUUGAAUUCCCCUCAGGAUCAAUAAAGUACCCACCAACCUAUUCAUGGUCCCCAGUGGAGAUCAUUUAAACCCUUCAGUUUUAACUGUGAUUUUCUCUCCAGAACAAACAUGUUUGUUAGCAAAAAAGAAAGAAGCAAACCAGUAAAAAUCAAUACGGAACAAAAGAGGACCGAUGAUGGAGCCCUGAGGGAUGCCACGGCUAGUUUGUUCUGAUAAUCAAUACGAUGUUGAUCGAUUACGGAUCAAUCAAAUAAAGCCAUCAAGUUCAGUUUAAAUCCAGAAAUAAACCUAAAUCGGAUUUAGUAUUUACCACAUUUAUCAGGACAGAGCUCACACUUUUAACCCCUCCACGGUGUUUUUUAGAUGCUGCUAGCGGGGCGUCACGUUUUUUCCGAUUCUGCCGGUUAAAGAGCGAAUCGAGUGGACGAGUGGAGGAACCAGGUGAUGACGAGGUUGUAAAUUUGCUGGUCUGUUUGUAAAGUCUAACAGUGCUAUGGCGGCGCAACUGAAAUAUGUGUGGAGAUAAAAUAAAGUAACAUCUGUAACAACA